UUGGUCAGGGAAUCCUAACAGGUUGGUAGAAAAACUUUGUUUCUGCCAGUUUUAAGAAAUGGCUUUCUGUUUCUAUCUCGGCCUUCUCCUAAUGCUGGUCAAUACAUCAUAUUCUGAAAAUAGCACAACUGUGACUACUACAACUGUGGCUACUACACCAGAUCCAUUGUGUCAGUCCAAAGAUGACUAUGAGAGAUGUGACACACCUGGAAAGGACUGCUCCCAGAAUGGCCAGUGCUACUGCAAAAGUAAAAAGUCAUAUUGCAGAUGUCACAACUACAAGCAAGAAAAUGAAGAUUUUUGGUACAUAGGAGAAAACUGCCAACAACUGUGGAGCCUGACAACAUUGAUUUUAGUUGCCACUUUGCCAGGACUGUCUUUAGCUAUCCUUGUUGGGGUCAUAAUACAGUGUUUCUACUACUUUAAGAAGCCAGAAAAACAAGAGGAUUUUGAAGAGGCAAAUGAGUACACAUCGAUGGAAAUUCCCCGUUGCAAACAAUCGACAAGCAGUAUGUUUCAAAACCAAGCAUUUCAACCAGCACCAAUGCAGCAGGAGCAAAGGAGACCCCAGCCAAUGCCGAGUGUUCCAUGUAAUGAAGCUGAGAACAGAUUCCAUAACCUGCAAAGACAUCCGUCAAACUGGGUGCAGCCACAUAAUCCUCCACUCAGCAAGGAGACACCCUACUCUAGACAGUUUUCACAAAAUGAUUACUCAAACAAUGUACAGAACAAUGCGCACCCUCCUCACUUCACUCCUUACAAAGAGCAUUUGGAAGGAUUUGAUGAGGAGUAUGUGCAGUCACUACCAAUCGGCCCCAGACGACAGAUGAUGAGUGGUGGCAUACCAGUAUUCCCUCCUAAUGAGGACAACUUUUCCAGGACUAUGUCAACUGAUUAUCGCAUGCAGAAGGGAUUGCCUAGGGUGCAAAUACCCACAAGAGCCAUGCACAUGUACUGAUACUGGUAUUCGCCUGAAAAUGAGCAGAAGGGGACAAUACUCUUCAUAACAGUCCCUCUGAAUAUUUAGAACUAAUACAAUAUUUAACAACACAAUUGUAAAUAUAAGUAGUGUACUCUGUAAUAAAUCAGCAUUUUCAGUUGUUUUCUAAAGAAAA